GACAGGAGGAGGGAGGGAGGGAGAGGAGCUGCAAGUGCGGCCGAGAAAUCAUGAAAACACAGGCGUCCACCCUGUCACCGUCUGUCCUCAGCUGGAAUAAGAUGUUUACCUUCAACAUGUCCACAGGAACAGAAGGAGCUGCUGUGGCCAACUCGUGACCGCUUCUUCUGAAAGAGAAACGUCCUCAGUGAAGCAAAGAGCCGGAUCACACCAUGUCCUCACCUUUACACCCCGCAGAGACUGAGCCCGUUAACCCGGAGACCACCAGCAUGCCCGUCGACGAUCCAGAGAGCAAAUUGAGCUACCAGAGGCCGGAUGAGGAGGUGGUGCUGGACCAGGGAGGUACGAGCUCUGUUCUGAACUUCCAGUACGAGAGGGAGGAAAUAGAAAGCCACAGGACUCUGUUUGUGGGGGUGCGGAUGCCCAAGCAGAGCCAUCGUCACCACAAGACCCAUGGAUCCCGCCACCGAAGGAAAGAAAGACGGGCAGGAACUAGCUCAAACCAGCAAAGCCAGGAAUCUGAUACACCCCCGUCCAGCUAUGACACACCAUCCCAGAGGGUCCAGUUCAUCCUGGGCACAGAGGAGGACCCUGAACAUGUGGCUCACGACCUGUUCACCGAGCUGGAUGAGAUCAGCGUGAGGGAUGGCAAGGAAGCCGACUGGAAUGAAACAGCUAGGUGGCUGAAGUUUGAGGAAGACGUGGAGGACGGCGGCGAGAGGUGGAGCAAGCCCCAUGUCGCGACUCUGCCCUUCCACAGCCUGUUAGAGCUCCGCAGUUGCCUCGCCAAAGGCACCGUGUUGCUUGACAUGCACGCCGACUGCAUCGAGGAGAUUGCCGACAUGGUGCUGGACCACCAGGAGGCGUCCCACGAGCUGGAUGAAAGCGUUAGAAUAAAGGUGCGCGAGGCUCUGCUGAAGAGACACCACCACCAGAGCGAUAAAAAGAAGAACAUGAUUCCUAUCGUUCGCGCCAUCACAGAGGGAACUCGCAAACAGUCAGAGCCCCAGCUGACAGCCACGUCUCCACAGCCAACUCCAGCUGCAGAACCAGCUAAGAACACAGCUGGACACGACAGCGCUCAACCGGUCCCCCUCAGUAAGGUGGACAUGCACUUCAUGAAGAAGAUCCCAGUUGGGGCAGAGGCCUCCAAUGUGUUGGUGGGAGAGCUGGAAUACCUCGAGAGGUCCAUCGUGGCCUUUGUCCGCCUCUCUCCUGCUGUGCUGCUCAACGGCCUCACUGAGGUGCCCAUACCUACCAGGUUCCUCUUCAUUCUCCUGGGCCCGGAUGGAAAGGCUCAGCAAUACCAUGAAAUUGGACGCUCAAUGGCGACCAUCAUGACAGACGAGAUCUUCCACCAAGUAGCGUUCAAGGCGAAGGACAGAGAUGAUCUGCUUGCUGGGAUAGAUGAAUUCCUGGACCAGUCGACUGUCCUGCCACCAGGAGAGUGGGACCCCACUAUCCGCAUCGAACCACCUAAGAAUGUCCCCUCUCAGGAGAAGAGAAAGAUGCCAGGAGUCCCUAACGGUAACGCCUGCCAGGUAGAUGAAGAACUACAUGCUGAGCAGCAUGGGCCAGAGCUGCAGAGAACUGGAAGGUUGUUUGGCGGUCUGAUCCUGGACAUCAAGAGAAAGGUUCCUUUCUACCUGAGCGACUAUUGGGAUGGACUGAACCUCCAGUGUGUGGCCUCUUUUCUCUUCCUCUACUGUGCCUGCAUGUCUCCUGUGAUCACCUUUGGAGGACUGUUGGGGGAGGCGACAGAGGGACGCAUUAGUGCAAUAGAAUCCUUACUUGGUGCAUCUAUGACUGGAGUGGCCUACUCAUUGUUUGCUGGUCAGCCUCUCACCAUUCUGGGCAGCACAGGUCCGGUACUGGUGUUUGAGAAAAUCCUCUACAAGUUCUGCAAGGACUACCAUCUGUCCUAUCUGUCACUGAGGACCUGCAUCGGCCUGUGGACGGCCCUGAUGUGCUUGACGUUGGUUGCCACGGAUGCUAGCUCUCUGGUGUGCUACAUCACUCGGUUCACAGAGGAGGCCUUCGCCGCCCUCAUCUGCCUCAUCUUCAUCUACGAAGCCUUGGAGAAGCUAGUCCACCUGGGAGAAGUCUACCCAUUCAACACACACAGCGAUCUGGACAAACUCACACUGGCAUACUGUAGGUGUGCCGAACCUGAUAAUCCCAGUAAUAAAACAUUAGAGCUGUGGAGUGAGAAAAACAUCACGUCGUCUGCUGUACCUUGGGCCAACCUCACUGUCACGGAGUGUAGCAAUCUGCAGGGUCACUUUGUUGGGACAGCGUGUGGCCACCAUGGCCCCUACACCCCAGAUGUUCUCUUUUGGUCCACCAUUUUGUUCUUCUCAACCUUCCUCAUGUCGGCCUUUCUCAAACAAUUCAAAACAAGUCGUUAUUUCCCCACCAAGGUGCGGUCCAUGAUCAGUGACUUUGCAGUGUUCCUCACCAUUGUCUUCAUGGUUCUGCUUGACUAUUUCAUUGGAAUACCGUCCCAGAAGUUGAACGUGCCCAGCAAAUUCCAGCCCACCAGAGAUGAUCGAGGUUGGCUGAUUAAUCCAAUAGGAAGUAACCCAUGGUGGACGGUCCUGGCUGCUUUCAUUCCUGCUCUCCUUUGCACCAUCCUCAUCUUCAUGGACCAGCAGAUCACUGCUGUCAUCAUCAACCGCAAAGAGCACAAACUAGUGAAGGGCUGUGGGUACCACCUGGACCUGACGAUUGUGGGGGUGAUGCUGGCAGUGUGCUCCAUCAUGGGCUUGCCCUGGUUUGUAGCGGCCACCGUCCUGUCCAUUUCUCACGUCAACAGCCUGAAGCUGGAGUCGGAGAGCUCGGCUCCCGGGGAGCAGCCUCGUUUCCUGGGCAUUAGAGAGCAGAGACUCACCGGCCUCCUCAUCUUCCUGCUCAUGGGCUGCUCUGUGUUCUUUACCGGAGCCCUGCAGUUCAUUCCUAUGCCAGUGUUGUACGGGGUUUUCCUCUACAUGGGAGUCUCUUCAUUAAAAGGGAUCCAGCUCUUUGACCGCCUGAAGCUGUUCGGCAUGCCGGCGAAGCACCAGCCAGACUUCAUCUACCUGCGCCACGUCCCCCUGAGGAAGGUUCACCUGUUCACAAUCACCCAGCUCACCUGUCUGGCGCUGCUCUGGUUCAUCAAGACUUCGCCCGCUGCUAUCGUCUUCCCCAUGAUGGUGCUGGCGCUGGUUUUUAUUCGCAAACUGCUGGACUUGUGCUUCUCUAAGCGAGAGCUGAGUUACCUGGAUGAUUUAAUGCCCGAAUGGAAGAAAAAGAAUCUUGACGAUGCCUCCAAAAAGAUAGACGAGGAAUCACAGGUGAUGCUCACUGCAAACCCGGAAGAUGCAGCUGCAGUUCAGAUUCCGAUGGAGAGCACAAAGUCUGACCAGACCAUAAAAGCACAUGACCCCAGGUGUGACCCCUCUGAAAUUAAUAUAUCCGACGAAAUGUCUAAAACCACCGUGUGGAAAUCCCUCAACUCCAAUCCAAGGGACUCUCGUCCUGUGGCUGCUAAGAAGGAUUGAAGGGAUCACGUUCAUAGAUGAUUAAAGGAUGUCCAGAGUCCCGACAGGCUUGACUGUGUCGUUUGACUGUAGUUCUGGACAUCAGGAUGCUGCUGCGAUUUGGCUGCAUUGACCGUCGGCCCCUUCAGUGCUAAGAGAAGCAGGUCUCAAUGAUUCGUACCAGCCGCCUGCAACACAGACAACAAACACUCAAAGAAACGGGUGCAUUACACUUGCGUCCAGACAGACAUUCACAUUCUUUUAGCCUUUUGAGGACUGAUUAUAUACCAAGCUAAAACAGAUCCAGUCUAACAAAACACAAAUCCAAUUCAAUAGCCCUGAUCAUACCUUGAGGAAGUUUCUAAUGUUCAGUUUUUAUUCAAAUAUAUCUGGAGGAUGUAGUUUGUGAUGCUGUUGAGCUGCAAUGAGAGAUGUGUUCCUGAUAUUUUGUCUACCCUAUUUAUGUGAUGGGAACAGACCAAAUACUGAGUUAGUUUUAUUUAGGUGUUGCUAAUAAACUGGCGGGUGAAGCAUAUAAUUAUGAUUAUGAUGAUAUGAGUAUUUUCACUUUUGGUCCUCGCAAAGAUAUAAGAGCCUGCAGGCACUCACCCACACACACACACACACACACACACACACACACACACACACACACACACACACACACACACACACAAACAUACACACACAUGCACACACCUCAACCUCUACCCAGGUUCCUCCUCUCGACUGUACAUUUAGCUGAGCCUCAUUACAGAGUGCCAAUGCUCCUUCAAAUACAAACCAAGUUCUUUUUAAUAAUGUAGUAGGUCUACCAGUGACCAUUUCUUAAAUCUACUAGCCUAUUUAUUUCAUGUGACAUGAGUUUGUUCUUCAUUUUUUUUAAAUAAUGAUACGGUCAGAUAUUUAGUCGAUUUUAAGAAUACAUAGCAGGUUCAGUAGACAAAUCCUCAUUUUGGGGCGUAAAACUCUGUUGUCAGUAUUGUGUGAUGGUGUAAACUGAAAUCUGUAAAUGUUAGAAGAACCACUUCAGUUGAAGCAGUGGCAUCAAUAAUAAUGAUGUGUUUUUUUUUAAGGUUCAUUUAUGGAUCUUGAUUGUGUAGGAUGGAGGUUGUCAAGCCAAAUGUUUGUGAUGUUUUAGUAAAGUGGCUUAUUUCUUUACCUCAGACAAGGUCAUGAAUGCUAAUGCAAGGCACUGUUGAUGACGCCAACGUGUGUGUGUGUGUGUGGGUGUGGGUGUGGGUGUGUCGGUGUGUGUGUGUGUGUUUGUGUGUGUUUGUGUGUGUGUGCCUUUAAGUGUGGGAUGGUAGAGCAUUUUCUUUCAAGCAAUAAUUUCCCCCACAGAAAACCUAUAUAUUGAACUUACAACAUGUCCUUCUUUUUAUUAUCCGGGUCCUUUUCUACAAUUGCAACCUUGUUUAUCCAUCCCUGGGUGGAAUAAUGGCUGUUCAGGAAAAUGUGAUAUUUGUAACCAAAAAAUGAUCACUUUACUUAUGUUUGCUGAAAAUUACACACUACUGAAAAGUGAUAUUUUGACAUUAUCCCUUAU